AGUGUUGGCUCUCGUCCUCGUCCUCAUUCGAGUCGGUUACACCCAAGCGAGGCACAACAUAGGUCAACGCAAUAGCCAGGCUCAGAUGACUUACGUCGUCAAAUGGGGGAGGGAGAAGAUACGCUUCCCCCUUCCCCAGCCGAACACGCCUUUGAGCGAGCUUAGGAAAGAGAUCGCGGAUUACACUCAUCUCCCUACCGAAUCCUUCAAGCUUGUACACGCUGGGGCAGUUAUGAAAGACGAUAACGCGCCGAUAUUGGCUUAUGGCAUUCACGAUGGAUCGACAAUCUCGAUAAUUGGCGGUGACACAUCUGAGAAAGACCGCCAUCCGCAUCGCCAGAGUGAGAAGAGCGCACCACCGGAGCGCAGGACGGAACAAAGCACCAUCGCUCAAAUUCAAUCCGAGAUGGACAACGUCCGCGGAUCGCUCCUACCAGGCGUCGACCGCCUCAUCGCUGGUCUCAAGGCUCUUACGUCGUCGACAUCAAAACAGGAGCAUGCACGGCUCGGCGAGCUCUUGUUACAGUCGCUUUUGCGACUAGAUGCUAUCAACUCCGAAGGCGAGUGGACGGAAGCUCGUAAGGAGCGCAAGGGAGCCGUUAAAGAGGUUCAGGGGCUUCUCGACCGAUUAGACCUUGCGUGGAGAACAGCAAAAGGAAGGACCUGA